UGCUGUGUGAGUUAUCAGGGGUUUUGGAUAUGCUUAAUUCAACAUUUUCUGGCCAGUGGCAUCCAGAAGGAGUACCUGAUAAACAUGACCUUAAAUGCAAUUUGAAAAAUUGUCCUUCUACAAUGACCAAGAAUGAAUAUUGCCGUUGCUAUGCUACACCAAUUUGGAAAGACAAAGAGAAAGAACUUGUUAUUGAAUAUGUUUCUGUGCAAGGAAAAGCAAUUGUUCUACAUAAUGAAGAUAUUAAUGCAGCAAAUGUGUAUAAAAUUGAGCAUAUAGGUGCAGAAUUAACAGAAAUUCCAAUAAAUAUUUGCAACAAUCGUUAUCAAGGAGACAAAAUACUGAAAAAGAUUAUCACAGAAGCAUCCUAUCUCACAAACAUAUCCGCCUUCUGGCCAAGAAUUGUCAACAUCAAUCUUUCUUAUAACAAGCUGCGUAAAAUAAGUGAUCUCAACUGUUUAACAGCCCUGGAUACACUAGAUUUAUCUUCUAACUGGAUUGAACACGUUUCAAAUUCAUCAUUCACAAGUUUAACUCACCUUAGGGUCCUUAAGUUACAGUACAAUAGAAUUAAAUCAAUGGACACGUUUAUCAUAGCAGGGGAGACAAUGCAUCUUACUGACAUAGAUAUUAGCCAAAAUGAACUUAGAAACCUAGAUAUCACAAACUUUAUCAGCGAAAAUCCAUUUUGUGGGCUGGAUUAUUCUGGAAAUAAGAUAGAAAGUUUGACUAAUCUACACCAAAUCAGUCUUGACACAAGCAAAAAAUACGGGGGCGGGGUUGUCUCGCUAAAGGGUAAUCUGUUUGAAACUUUCCCAGACUUCACAGAGCUACUCAAUCUUAGCAGUAUAGAACAACUUGGCGCUAUAUUGAAUCUUGGAUUUGAUUUUCGUGAAACAAGUAUAGGAUGUGACUGUGUAAUGGAGCCAUAUAUGGAAAAAGCGCAAUCUUUUGUAAAAACUUAUUGGAGGGACUAUUUUGAUGUAAAGUGUGACUCUCCACCAAACCUCAAGGGCAAAUCCGUUAUAAACGUCACUUUAGACGAUUUUAUCUGUGAUAUUAAGCCAAACCAGGGUUGUCCCCCUGGAUGUAGUUGUAAAAAUAUACCUAGUAAGAACACACUGUUCGUUGACUGUGCCAACAAAGGACUUAAGGAAUUACCCGAGCUCCCAACCUUAAAGUAUUCACACAAAAUUAACCUGAACCUGUCUGGCAAUCAAAUCACUGAAAUAGGAAAUGUUUCGUACUUAAAUAGCAUAUCCAGCUUGGACUUAUCCCAGAACCAACUUAAAGAAAUCACUGACGAAGCUGCGAAAAGGUUACAGAAUGCAAGUGUUUUUGAUAUAUCUGGUAAUUCUAAAAUAACGGUCUUACCACAGGUCAUUCAGUCAAAGAGCUUGUGCUCUAUACGUUUGAACAACCUUGUUUUAGAAUGCGGAUGCGGGUCGGAAUGGCUGGAGAGCUGGAUGCACGUAAAAAAGUGCCAAAAUAAGACUGAAGUCUUCUGCCACGUAGAAGGUCACGGUAUCAUGCCAGCUGGGGAGUUCAGUAAAGAUAUGUUAGACUGUUUUGAUAACAGUUUGUUUCUAGUAACAGUUAGUGCACCAGUAGCGAGCAUAUUUAUUGCACUGAUAUUAUCUGUAGCCCUGCUCGUACAAUUCAGGCACGAAAUUUUGGUAAUUUUCCUUAAAUAUAGACAGAAAAACCCAAAUGCCAUUCGACCAUUGUUUAAGUAUGAUGCAUACCUUUCCUUUGAUACAGAAAAUGAGGACCUUCGUAACUGGGUAUACAAUACCUUAAAAAUAUACCUUGAAGCAUUAGGCUAUAAGAUAUUUUUACCAAUGCUUGACUUACCUUUUGGUGAGGUUCGAUCAAACGCCACUAUUGAUGUUUUACAGUCCACGCGUACUUUCGUUUUGAUUCUCUCUGAAAGCUAUCUUAAUCAAGAAGACAAAAUCUGGACGGAUAAUGAAUGGAAGUAUGGCUGGAAUAUAUACAAAGCAGACCCAACCAAAAACAUCCUUCUUAUAAAUUAUGACCACGUGUCAUCUUUUGAUGUUCACCAUCAACAAAUAAAGGCUUUCCUCAGGUUUGGCAGUCAAAUAGACUUUGUCAAUGCACAGAGAAACAUAUUAGAACUUAUCUGCAAUAAACUUGGACCAAUAUAUUCUGUGAGAGAUAAGUUAAACGGUAAAAAAGCUUUCAAUCCAGCUCAUCUAUUUCAAGCCGAAACCACUUUCAUGAUUGAUAAUUGCAAGAUGGCUCAGAAUAAUGCUAGUACAAUAGAAAACUUGGACAUUUUUCCAGAAACGAAUAUUAACAACCUCAUCGAUGGCUAUAAAAAUGGUGAGGGGAACGAAUUUUCCGAUGUCACCGAUAACGACUUUUAUGAUAACGAAGGAAAUGAGUUAUCUGAUACAAGUAGUAAAGACUAUAGUGUGGGCGAGAGUGAUGCCAAUAGAAAGUACAAUACUGAUGUUGAUAACGAAAGUGGGGUAUCUGUGAAAGAUAUUUGGACAUUUAGAGACGGGUGUAUCGAGAUCAAAGAAAUGAAAAGGCCAGUCAAAGGAUCACACAAGUAUUGGGAGUGACUCCAUUGAAGAUAUUUGUAAAGUCAUUGUUAAAAUGGUGUAUUUCAACAAAUCUUUUCAACCUAUAAGAUGUUUUUUGUUUGUUGGGUUUUUUUUAAUGUUGCUAAUUCUUUUAUUUACAUAAACACUAUUGCUAAGUAUCAAUAAAUUUCACAAU